AUGAUCUUUGCUGAGGGUCUGCUGGAGGAUCUUGCGGUCUGCUGUACUACAGUUCCCAUACCAGACAGUGAUGCAGCUGGUAUCUCCAGGGAUCACUGGCACAAGUGUCGUAAAACCGGAGGGAAAAGAAAGCCCUAUCAUAAGAAAAGAAAGUAUGAACUGGGUCGCCCUCCUGCCAGCACAAAGAUCGGCCCCCGUAGUAUUCACACAGUGCGCGUGAGGGGAGGCAAUAAGAAAUACCGCGCACUGAGACUGGACAGCGGGAACUUUGCCUGGGGCUCUGAAUGUUGCACUCGCAAAACCAGGAUCAUUGACAUUGUGUACAAUGCCUCUAACAAUGAGCUUGUGAGGACCAAGACCCUGGUGAAGAACUGCAUUGUUCGGGUGGACAGUACACCGUUCAGGAAGUGGUAUGAAGCCCACUACGCCAUUCCACUGGCCCGCAAGAAAGGGGCAAAGCUUACUCCAGAAGAGGAGGAGAUCUUGAACAAGAAACGGUCAAAGAAGGUUAAGAAGAAGAUUGAUGGACGCAGUAAGAGGAACAAGAUUAACAGUUUGCUGGAGGAGCAGUUCCUGCAGGGCAAGCCUCUUGCCUGUAUUGCGUCCAGGCCUGGUCAGUGUGGCAGAGCAGACGGAUACAUCUUGGAAGGGAAAGAGCUGGAGUUCUACCUCCGAAAGAUCAGAGCCAAGAAAGGCAAAUAGACAACUGAUUGCA